CCAAUCACUCUUUCCACUCGAGGAAACGCAUCCAUGCACGAAGGGACCAAAACGGAGGGAAAAAGAAGAUAGUGUCACUGAAUCCGAAUCCAUCGUCGCUCGCCACCGACUUAUCUCCGGCUUCAAUCCCAGUUCAGUCGUCUGAUCGAAUCGCAUUUUCGUUCUUCAUCGACCUUCCGAUCAAACCAUCCGGACUUCUGUAGCUGGAUUUCUUACUCCCGGCCGGAAAAUUUUGGGGGAAAACCCUAAAAUUUGACCCUCGGCGAUUAGGGCUUUUCCUGAUUGCAACGCAUGUCGACGGGCAAACCCAGGGACGGAGACCUGCAGCUGGCGGCGGCGGCGGAGAAGCCGAUGUCGGGGCUCCCGCCGAGGCCCCCGGCUGGCGGCGACUCCAACGCGAUCGUGGAGUACACCGCGCCGCUGCUCCAGGAGGAAGAGGAGGACUUGGAGGUUAAGCUAAGGCGGAUCAUAGAGAAUGUUCCGGUUCUCCGUGCAAGAGAGACCUUGUGCGCGGAUGCUUCGGUAUCACAGCUUAGAGAAGGGAUGAGUUUGUCAUGAAUACAAUGCUUGGAUACUCUUUGGCGUUGAGUUAAUCUUAGAUUCAGGUUGACAGAUUGCUUCUUUAUCACCCCUUAAGAAGGGGUGAUUUUGUCAUGAAUACAGUGGUUUGGUGAAAUCUGCUGGUCACUUGGAGCAAAAAAGGGGUGAACGUUGUUGAAUAAUCUGUGGUGUUGAGGUAAUCUGAGAUUCAGAUUGGUAGUGGACACUUGAUGUAGUGGUUGUGUCCAGAAUGUGGGGCGCUUCUUGAUCUUAGCCGGAACUUUUCAGAAGUAAGAUUGCAGUGGUGGAUGUAGAUUCGACGUCAUGGCCAUGAUUUGCCAAUUACCUUUCUUUAGAUAUCUUAAUUCUGAUCAGAGCAAAAAGAGAGACAUUGAUUUGGCCUCUUGGAAACUGUUUGCAGUGGUGCAUUGCUGUUGUAGGCUUUACUUGCAAUCCUAAAGCUGUUUCUACUGCUGUCUUGGAGCUUCAAUCCUUCCCUUUUUUAAUUGUGAUGUAUAUACUUCUGUUUCAUUAUUUUGUUUCAUUCUGCAUCUAGAUGUUCAAUUCCCAUUAGUAUAAUUAGCACUAGCUUGCCUAACUUAAUAAAUUUGUGUGAUGUACACGUCCAGUGAUCUAACCUCCCCAUUAUUACCAUUUUUGGGGAUGUGUGCCGGAUGUGGUUUUAACUAUGCCGAGAGGGAGGAGCUCAUCUUUAUUAUUUAUGGCAUAUCUAUGUGGUCAAGUAGACAAAGUUUAUGGUAUAAGUUUUUACUGAAGUCGUAGGAAUACUACCGAAAGUGACUUGAAAGGGAAACGUGAUACUUAGUCAAGUUAGAAGUACAGAAGUUGAUUGGUUAUCACAUUAGCAGAAGAGCUGUCCCUUUUGGCCAGUGAAUCGAGAACAUUAUAUGGAUAGAUAUUUUCUUUUAUUGCAUUUAGUAUUCCGAACUUUUACUGCAAUGAGAUGUCUACGGUGUUCAUUACUGACACUGACACUAUUUAUGAGGUGCACUUCUUUGUUGGAUAUUGUUAGCUGAUCUGCCAUGUUCUGUUUAGAUAAACUCGUCUUAUUGGUUGGGAUAUGGCGAUUCAAUUGAAAGGUUUUUUCUUUCAUUUCAUUUUAUAGGAAUGGAUGGUUUCUUUAUUUCAUUGGUAUUCUGUUACUUGGUACACUCUCUGAUUUGUUACUUAUUAUUUGCAAAUUAUGCUUG